GAAGGAGGAGGCGCAAGCCACAGCCGCCGCCGCCACAGCCGCCACACGUCGAGGCGCACUGACGAGCCCUGGCGCCAUGAUCCGCCAAGGCUACGGCACGCCGACGCUGGCGAAGCCUUCCAAGGAGUUUGUCAAGCACAAGCGGCAGUCUCUCUCGCCCGAAAACCGGCAGAGCUCUGCGUUCUCGCCGCCGUCGCGCGGGCUCGGACGAGCCUCGAAGGUGCCUCCGCCUAAGUCGCCUCACGGCGGUGAGGCCGCUAUCUUCUCACGCAGUGUCUCACGCGGCGGGGAAAUCGCCGCAAAUGCCGCCGAGAGCGCCGGGUGCAACAACAUCCCCGGGCUCAAGGGCAUGAUCAAUGACAUCUUCGACGCGGCCGACACAAACAAGGACGGCCGGGUUGACAUCGACGAGAGCUACGUCCUCAUCCUCAAGCUCUACAUCAAGGUGAACCGGCAGGCUCCCGUCAACCCUCCGAGCCGCGAGGUCUCCGAAGUGCUCUUCCGCGCUGCAGACAACGACGGCAGCGGCCGGCUCAACAAGGAGGAGUUCCUCGAGCUCGCGACGACGCUGCUGGGCCGCGCAGGCGCGCCUGCGCGUCGCCGCGUACAAGGCAAUCACCCUCUUGGCGGCGCCGUUUCUGGGCGCCUAUUUGGCCGCCAUGGCCUGCCGCAGCUACGCCGCCGCGCCGGGCGGACCCUAGGGGGGGGGUCGGCCGGCGGCGGAGGGGGGCCGCGGCCGCUGUGGGCUGCGUCCGUCGACGGGUUGCUUGCGGGGCUUGGGUCGGUGCUGCCUGACUCCGCGGAGGCGGCGGUCUUUAGCGAGGGGCCGGCGCCGCGUCGGGGCUGGUGCAAGGCGUGGCGGGCGCGUCGUCUGCCGCCGCAGGCGAGGCGCUCGCCUGACCACUUCUCCAUGGAGCUGCAGCUUGGCGUCGCUCUGCUCGCCCCGCGGCGCCACACUUGCUGGCGCGGUCGAGGCCCUUCGGACCGGCCCCACUUGCCGCUGCGAGGUGGACGGCCAAACAGCUCCGGGGCGUUCCACCUGCGAUCGACGCCGUUGGGGAGUUGAGGUUGAGGGACCCCGACUACGUAUGUGAAUUGAGGUAGUAAGGUGCAUCCUCUUAUGUUAAAUCGCGUGUGCGGUCGUAUGUGUGCCCGGCUAGUCUUUCAUUGGUAAGUGGCAUAAAGUCGGGCACUUAGAACCUCUUAG